UACAUCCACGCAUAUCAAAGAGAGAAUAUCUUCUUCCAUUCCAUGGAUAUAGAAGCAGUCUCCACUAACGAGGGAGCAGCAACAAAUUAUAACCAUGGAGGUAAUCAUCAAAGCAACCUAAUAGUACCAAAUAAUCAUGAAGAUGAUCUUCAAAGUACAGCCAACCCCAUUACUCAAAACAGAGUAAUAAAAUGGAAACUCCUCAUAGUAUUCUGUUUCUUUUCUGCUUUUGGUUACCUAGGAGGACCCCUGUUACAGAGACUAUACUACACUCACGGCGGAGGCCGUAAAUGGCUUUCCAGUAUGUUACAAACCGCUGGGUUUCCGGUGUUAGUAGCUCCACUUUCUUAUAUCUACAUAAAGAAAGUAAAUGGACCAUCGUAUGAUUCCUCAUGGGUUUUCAUGAUGGAACCAAAAUUGUUCAUAUAUAGUGCAACCAUGGGAGUUGUGCUAGGAUUGGAUAACUAUAUGUACUCAGCUGGUCUCUUUUAUCUUCCUGUCUCAACUUCAUCACUAUUGUUUUCUACUCAGCUUGCUUUUACGGCAGUAUUUGCUUUCAUAAUUGUGAGACAGAAAUUCACUUUUUAUUCAUUCAAUUCAGUAGUUCUAAUGACUCUUGGAGCUGUUGUUUUGGCAUUGAAUACCAGUAGUGACAAAUCUCCUGGUACUACUCAGCAACAAUAUUACCUUGGAUUCUUUUUAACUCUUGCCGGUGCUGCUUUAGCAGGGCUUUGCAUGCCUUUGAUUGAGCUUGCUUAUGGGAAAAGUAGUAAACCCAUCACAUAUUCUGUUGUGAUGCAGUUUCAGUUUGUUUUGAGCUUAUUUUCUACUCUUGUUUGCAUGAUUGGGAUGGCCAUCAAUAACGAUUUCAAGGUUAUUCCAAGAGAAGGAAGAAAUUUUGGGUUAGGCGAAACGAAAUAUUAUUUCCUAAUAGUUGCAACUGCAAUUGUUUAUCAAUUAUUCACCAUAGGGUUUAUGGGAAUCAUCUACUGCACAUCAUCUCUUUUCGCUGGAAUUUUCACUACAUGUUUACUCCCAUUCAGUCAAGUUGCUGCAACAAUUGCCUUCCACGAAAAAUUUACUGGUCAAAAAGGAAUGUCACUUGCAUUAUGUUUGUGGGGUUUCGUUUCUUACUUUAUAGGGGAAUACAAGAAAACAAAGAAACCACACCCCAUUGCUUAUGAUAAUAAGGCCGAGGAAUUAAAAGAGAAGUUAGAUCAGCUUACCGAUAGUAAUACCAUGGAAGGAAGCCAUAAAUCGGAAUCUAGAUUCGUACACCCCUGAAUUGGGUACCUACGAUGUAGUUGGAAAAGACAACCAGUUGACAAAGAAUAAGACCCAAAACUUGAAAACACCAUAGAAGAAUCCAUGAUAAAUGUACAAACGAACAAUGUGUUCGGAUGAUAGGAUUACCAAGAGUUUCAAAUUAAAGUCUAGAAUGGAAGUCACAUGUCUUUCACAUAUAUUACCUCCUCCACAAUCAGCGUCAUCUCGUCUCCUCUAGGCAAGUUCAAUAGAAAUGGUUUGGUGUGAAGGUUCGGCACUCUUUGCACUAGACAGCAACGCUUAUUUCCUAUCUCGCGUGAAUUACAAAAAACCCAAAAAAGAUUGAAUCCGGGGAUUGGUUAGUAUUGAUAUACGAUUAUAUGAAAUAAAGAUCAGCAUUCGUCAACGAAAUGUUCCUCUUGGGAUAAGAGGAUUAAGUUCAGCUGCAGCUUCUCUGUUCUUGAACGACUUUUAGCUGCUGACGCUGGUGAUGGUAAAUUGGAAA